UAAGUGUCCUUAAUUUGAUCAUUAGGGAACAAUAAUGAAUGCCAAAAGCAGCUUCCUCGUUUGCUUUACUUUGGGAACAUUUUUUCUCCUAGUCAACCACAUCAAUGCUGAAAAUACAACUGAACCGAGGAGAAAUGCAAAUUUAAGCCCAUUCGAGAGUUGGAGGAGCGCUUACUUCUGCAUGAAGGAUAAUGACUCAACACCUUGCUUGAAGGGUGGAUACUCACUGACAAUCGCUGGUGCGCUAAUUGUCUCUGACUCUGAUAUCAGCGACUUUUGUAUCAAUGGUUGCUAUGACCACAUCCGAUCUGUCUUAGAUUGCAUCCAAGAUGUGAAGAGAGACUUCUUCUUUGCGACCAAACAACCCGUCUCCUAUGUCAUGAAUGUCACUAAAGCAGCCUGUUCCAGUAAGACUAAAGGUUUCAAUACAAAUGUAACGAAAGCUAAUCCUAACAGUGCCACUAGUUUGUAUGGGAGACUAUAUAUGCCCCUUGUUUCAACUCUAACCACCGCGGCCUUCAUUGCCACCUAUGGUGUGUGA